AUGGAGCUGAGGAAUGGUCGGGAGCACAGCUGUGAUGAAGAAGGGCUGACGGAGGUGACCAAAGGCACAGAAAGCUUCCGCAUUGAGAUCCUCUUUGGGGUGCGGCAAGGCGACUCGGACGUCUUUGUAAGCAGCCAGCCUAGGGAAGCCUACACGUCAAGCACAGUGUGGCCGGAGAGCUACGCUGUGGCAGAGAUGAAGUUCUUCAAGUACAUUGCCAGGCGGGCUCCAUCUAACAGCUUGCACCUCAAAUGCCUGCAGUUCUUCACUCGCCUGCAGCUGGGCUUAGGCUUUUCCACCUAUGCCACCAAGACCAUUGUCAUGCACCUCCUGAACAUCGUACCCGUGCAUGAGUGGCGCAGGAGACAUUUUGUGAGGCGGCUGCUGGACAUCAGCGAGAGCCUGGGCACAUGUGUGGAAGUGAGACGCCUCAAUCACUUCAUUUUUGGCAACCGGAGGCUUCCUUUGGAGAUCUGUUUGCCCCCUGAGGUCCUCAUGGCCAGCUCACGCAAUCUCUUCCAUGACCUGGAGAUGGAUCCCGUUGCCCACUCCCAAGCCAUGAGUCAGUACGUGGAUCUGCACCGAUGGCUCAAACAGAUCCUGAACAAUGAGCAGACAAGGACGCCAAGGAGAUUGGUGCAUCGAGGAGCAAACAAUGGCGCAAAUGAAGAGGUGGGCAGAUAUUUGGAUGCAAAUGAAGGAUAUAUUGGAAAUCAAGAAGGUGCUGGAAAUGAAGCAGUCAAUGUUGGAAAUGAAGGAGAAGAAGACGAAGAUAACGGUGCGAAUGGGGAGGAAAACAACAAUGAUGCUGGCAAUGCACAGGAUCUCGAUAACCCUGCUGCAAAUGACGAAGCUAAUGCUGGAAAUGAACUUGUUGAGCGUGGUCAAGCAGAUAACUUUGGAAGAAUUGUUAUGGAGAACGUCCAGUGGCCUGUGCAAGACCUGCUGAUAGGAUGCCAUUGGAUAAUUCUCCUUAUGGAUAGUUUUGCAGUUUACUUUCAACGCGUCUUGUCCAACAGCUUCUACCCAGUCCUGCAAGGAGCCAUUGGGGUGGGCAGUGCCUUUGAAGGUUGGAGUCCCCGUGAGCAGGAUGUUGUGUACCAGGUGCUGGUACCCAUGACUCCUCCGCGAGGGCACAGCUUCCACCUGGAGCUGGAGAGUGCAGGGCAGAGGCACGUCAGGAACUUCCGCGUCCGCGUGCAGCAGGAGUGCACCUGCGGCUCAGCGCGGCGGGGUAAGAACAGGCUGUGCUUCCUGCACCACCCCGAGGAGGAGUUGAGGAGCAAUCAGGAUCCCAGCCUCGUUGACACGCUGUGCACUGACUCCUACCUGGACGUGCACAAAACUGCCCGCUGGUUCUACCAGCUGGUGAGAGCGGUCUGGCCGGCUUUGCUUCAGUCCCACAAUUGGCAUUUAGUGCUGCUGCCCUCCAGACGCUCCUGCCAAUUCAAGGUGACCAAUGGCACAGAAAGCUUCCGCACUGAGAUCCUCUUUGGGGUGCGGCAAGGCGACUCGGACAUCUUUGUAAGCAGCCAGCCUAGGGAAGCUUACACGUCAAGCACAGUGUGGCCGGAGAGCUACGCCGUGGCAGAGAUGAAGUUCUUUCAGUAUAUCGCCAGGCAGGCGCCCUCUGACAGCUUGCACCUUAACUGCCUGCAGUUCUUCACCCGUGUACAGGUGGGAUUUGGCUUUUCCACUUAUACCAUCAAGACCAUUGUCAUGCACCUCCUGAGCAUCAUACCCAUGUCACAAUGGCGCAGGGGAUAUUUUGUGAGGCGACUGGUAGACAUCAGCGAGAGCCUGCGCACAUGUGUGGAAGUGAGACGCCUCAAUCACUUCAUUGUUGGCAACCGGGGUCUUCCUUUGGAGAUCCGUUUGCCCCCUGAGGUCCUCAUGGCCAGCUCAUACAAUCUCUUCCAUGACCUGGAGAUGGAUCCCGUUGCCCACUCCCAAGCCAUGAGUCAGUACGUGGAUCUGCAAAGGUGGCUGAAACUGAUAGUCAACAAUGAGCAGUGA